AAAAGUGUGUCAAGUUUCACGAGGUCAACAGAUUAACUAUGGAACACAAGGUGCGUAGUAUUGAGGCCCAAAAUCAGACUGAUUCAUUCAGUUCUGUCUUAUUUUGUAAACAACACAGCAGUAGGAAACUGGAAGUUUACUGUUUUGGUCACGAGGAACCUUGUUGCCUGAUGUACGCCACUGUAUCACACAGAAAGUGUGAAAAGGUCAGCAGUUUGGACGAAUGUUACUUAGGUUCUGAUGAAAAAGUCCGAAGACUGAAAAGAGAAUUUGGCAAACUUAAAAAAAGAUGCAAAUCAGAGGCAAUCCGCGUAGAAGAUGACAAGGAGAACUUCAAGAAAGAAUCCGAAACCAUAGAGACCAGAGUUAAAGGUUUGACUGAAGAAAUAAUACAAACCUUGAGAGACAAAGAAAAGGAUCCCCUUAGUAGCCUGGCAAAAACUGAGAAAGAACAGACACUGGUAUUACAGACAAAGCUUGAAGAGUUACAGACUGUUCAAGAGAAGCUGGAACGAAGUAUUCAACUGCUUCAACUUUCUGAAAGAUUCAGCAAGAUUGCACUGUUUUGGGAGAUCAAGAAGAUGGAAAAAGAUGUAUCGAAUAUCGAUUUACAAAUCGAAAACCUAGUGAAAAGAUACAAAACACCGGUUUUAGAUUUGAAUAUCAAUGAGUUCGGACAUAAUUUUCAUUCAUCAUUAAAUAUAUUUGGUGAAAUUAAGCUUAAAUUGAAGACAAAUGGCGUUGACUAUCGGUCUGCAAAACUUGUGCUGGAAAAGUCACUCGACGUUCAAGGAAGCUCUUGUCUAACGGAUGUUGAGGUUAUUAAUGGUACUUAUUUGGUAACAGCAUGUCAGAAUAGUAAGAUGGUAUAUUUCUUGGAUGCACGCAGCACAUUGUUGGCAUCAAUUCCACUUCCUAGCACUCCCUGGGGUAUUGCAGCUCUCCGAAAACAUAUAUUUCAAUUCUGUGUCGCAAUGCGAAAUCCCAAUCUUGUUGGUAUAUACAAAGCAAAUAUUCCAGAUCGUUGCACUACAUGUUGCAAAGAAUUACAAUUGCCCGGCAAUGCAUGGGGUGUGUGUACAGUCGAUGAUAAAAUCAUUGUCUCCUCGGGGAAAGAGGAAAGUAAAAAUACGAAACAAGUUUUUAGAGUUUAUGACGAAGAAGGAAAUAACUUUGAAGAACACCACAUGCAUGACGGUGCUACGGGAUCUAACAGAAUCCAUCAAUUUCGGGCAGAUAUUUGUUAUAUACUCUUCACGCUGACAAUUCUGUUUACUCGAAAUAUAUAA